CAGAGAGCAUGUCACCGCCAAACCCUGACAGUACUGCUGGGUGGGUCUCCUCGCUCCCGAAAUAAACCGUGUCCGGAGGCUGUGGCGGUGGCACUGUCUCCCACACCGUGCCUCCAGUGCCCGCGGUCCCAUAGUGCCAAGGCGACGACACUCGGGAAGAGCCUCUGAACAAGACAGAGGACCUUUUCCCUCCUCUCCCAACGAAAAUGAUGCAAUCAGGUCCCUCAGUGGCCUGGAAUACAGGCUCAGGAAGGCCCACUGUCAUCCAACCCUCAGCCUACCGUUCAACAGGCAACGGCGGAAUCGACUGCAUGUGUUGCACUUGCUGUCCUUGCGUUAACUUGGGUUUUCUGAGGACGAAGGCAGGAUGGCUUAAGAUCAUGGAAUUGGUUCUGUCAGCGAUAUGCCUAUUCUUGGUCCUUGACUACGGAAUGCCAUACGCAACUUCCAUCGGCGAAGCAUUCCACUUCUUCCUCGUCACGAAUUCCGCCUGCAUCUUCAUGGUCUCUCUCCUUACCUUCUGUUACAUCAUUUCGUCCAAUUCCUUCAACCUCAUUAGGUCUUCCGUGCUGGAAACCGUCUUCAACAUCUUAGCUUGUAUCUUGUACUUGCUGUCUUCCUCCCACCUGUCCUGGGCCGUCCAGACGUGGCUUUGGCCGCAGUACAGAAUCACGCCCUAUUACACGGUCUAUCCGGCCAUGACCGCUUGCUAUGUUUUGGGUCUUGUCCUCGGCAUAAUCCACGGGGUCGAUGCUUGGCUCUCCUACAGGAAUCUGAAGGGAAGGCCGUGAUCAUGCACGAAGGCGCUGCAGAUACCACAGUAACGCAGCUCGGGAGUUCUAACGUUUUUUUAGUCGACACGAAAAUUGUGUCGCUUUUUACUCAAUACGAACAUUGUAACACUUAACUGUAACGUUUUUUACUUAACACGAAAAGUGAAACAUUUUUACUUAAUACGAAAAUUGUGACGUUAUUUGCUCAAUAUGAAAAUUCUAUCGCUUUUUUUUACUAAACACGAAAAUUGUGUUUCUUUUUUUACUUUGAUACGAAGAUUGCAUUUUUUAUACCAAAACCAUAACGUUUUCCUUGUCUCUUUAGCUUACUUUUUCAUAUCUAUUUAAAAGAUAACUUUUAAUAAAAGUUCUAAUGUU